AUGCAAACUCGUCACAAAUUUUCUGUCAUGCAAUACUUUUUUUUGGCAUGGAGGCAACGGCUAAACCUUAGUUUAAAGAAAGAACAAGAGCUUACAGAAAUGGCCUACCAACAUUUUAACAAAAUUUUACAAAUUCGAGUAUUAAAAUCGUUGCAGACAAAUUGUGACAUUCAACGCAUCAAGCGUGAUUCAAUACUCGUUGCUGAGAAUUUUGAAUAUCACAGAAAUGUGAGACGAGUGGUUGCUGCUAUUAAAGGAAUUAAAAUUUUGAGAGAUAAGGUAAACAUUGCGGAAUCCUUUUACACAAAGGUUUUACUCUGUAAAGCAUGGUCAGCACUAAAAAAACACAUUCAAGAAGAAGCUGAUAUAAAGACCAGAAAGGCUACCGAAUACUAUGAUCGUUCAAUUAAAAGAAGGAUCUUCAAUUCAUUACGACACCAGGUAAUGAAAAAUACAGAGAAGAGAAAAAUCAUGGCAACAAAACAAGAAAUUGUGGAUCGAUUUUUCAAUAAUAAGAAAUUGAGAAUGGCGUUUGAUUGCCUGGCAAAGUAUUGCAACACCAAAAAAGAAAAGAAAUUGAAAUUGAAGCAAGCCGAAGAAUAUUUUAGAACGAAAUAUUUGUCGUCAUACUUCAAUAAUUGGAAAAUUACUUUACAAAAUAGGAUUCAUUUCAACGAAUUAGAGAAAGUUGUUCUUCAAAAACAAAGAAAGAGAGAGCUGAAACAGGUUUUAAUUACCUGGAAAGACAAACUUUCGUCUCAAAGACAAGCAUUCUUUUUAACAGAGAGAGCGGAAUGUUUCCGUUGGGAAUCCUUGAUCAGAAAGUCUUUGUUUGCUCUUAGCAAUUAUUGCCAAUUAAGAAAAGAAAAAUAUCAAAAUUGUCACAAGGCAGACAUUUUUUACCGUUUCUCAUGUUUGUAUAAGAGUUUUAGACAUUGGAAGAAUAAUUACUUACUUGAAGAAGAGAGAAACCAAUCACUCAAUGAUAAAAUUCAACCCAUCUUGAGAAGAAGAAACAAAUAUCUAGCUUCUACAGCUUUCCGAGCAUUGAUUCAAUAUACUCUGGUUCGAAAAGAAAAAAAAGAGAAGGAAGACAUUCGAGUUUCCGAAUUAAAAGCUAAAUUGGAAUGCUCAAAACUUUCCAGAGUUUUUAAAGCUUGGAGACACUAUUAUGAGAACAAGGUAGUGCAGAGAAUCAAUUUUGAGAGAGCAGCUCUUCAUCACAAUCGUAUACUGAAAGAAAAGACAAUGAAACAAUUAUUUGCCUAUGUUCUAUUCAGGAGAAGAAAUGAGGAAUUGCAUAGAAAAGCUCUACAAUUUUCAUUGAAACAUUUAGUGAAACCAAUGUUCGAUAUUUGGAAUGGAAUUGUCCAAAAACGACUGAACGAGAAAUGUAGUUUGAAAAAAGCAGAUUUUCUCAUGAAGAAACAUUUGGCAAAGAAAACAUUUGCAGCCUUGAAGAAUUAUGUUUACUAUGCUCGAGCUAAGAGUAAAUUAGAAAUUGAAGCAUUGGAGAACAGAAAUGCACUAUUGAUGCGGAGAGGAUUAAUUCAAUGGAUUGAAUCUGCCUAUGACCACCACACUCAACGAAUGAGAAACCUUCAAUUGAAUCAUACCAUGAGUGAGUUCGACUCUUUGAAGAAGGUUGAAAAGUUCGCUCGACAUUGGUUGUACAUUACCAUUCGAAACGCUCAAAAACGAGGGUCCUAUUUAUUCAGUGGUUACAGAAAAGCAACAAACAUGAUUCAAUCCGAUCAUCAUCACCAACCGAAUAAUGGUGUCACAUCUCGAGAUGUACUAACGCUCAGCAAAGGUCCACCAAAAAGAAGACCAUCACCAAGAAUUCCAAACGAGUUGUUACUUCUCAACUUUCCUGUGAGAAUGAGUCAUUCCGAGGAUGAUGUGGCUGUAGAUGGUGCCAUUCAUUCUCAACCUCCAAGCUCAGAGCAGGAAUUGAAAUCAUUUGUACAAAAUCAUGAUCAACACCACCAAAAACAAGAUUCCUUUCAACUCAAAGAUGACUCACUCACUGCAACUCCUCAAACGUUAGAUACUCAUGAAAAUGUACGAGCUGUUGAAGAGAAUAUCAGAGACGGCGAUCCAUUGCAGCUAAUUGAAGAAAUCGACAAAAUCAAGAAUGUUCUGGAGGAGUUUGAAACUAAUUGGACGCCAAUUUAUGAAUUAGAAAAGGACAAAAGAAAGUAUUUGAGAGAGUUGAUUGAAAUGGAGGACGACCUGACCACUAUCCAAGAGCUUACAUCGGAAUUGACUCACCUCGAGAAAAGAGCAAAGACUUAUCUUAAAUUUAAACGUGAAGAACUUCCAAAACUAAUCGAGCAACUCCAUCAAUUAGUUUCUUCCUGUGAUCCAGCCUUACUGCAAUAA